ACUCCUACAAUCAAAUGACGUACGUGUCUUGGAGAAAACAGACUCAUGAAUCAUGAUUACCCAGUUAUUUAUUAGCAAAAUGAAUUGUAUUACAUCAUUCUAACUUCAUGUUGUCAAAUUGAUACCAGAAUUGCCCAACAAUUACCUCUAUUUUUUUUUUAGUUUUUUUUAAUAGAAAAUUUAAAGAUUACCAAGUGGUCUAUUCCAUCAGUUUACUCUUGAUUAGGGUUUAUCAAUAAAUAAAAAAUAUUUAACUAAAAGAAAGAAAGGCUGCCAGAUAAGUACUACUUUAUAGUAUAAUGGAAAACCAAAACAAAUGUGGUAUAGUUAAAUAUAUGUAGCUUCAUCAAUACGAAGAUUUUACAUGAUAUGGUAAUUAACAGCGAUGGAUUAGUACUAUAUAUUAUGUUAAUUAACCGCUUUUCGACACCCAUAUAUUGAUUAGUUUAUUAUUACAGUUAACUUGACGGAUUCAAACAAACGAUUGCGUUAAAGACAUAUAUUAAGCUUGACCGUACGUGGCUUACUUGAGCGGAAGUGUUAUUUGGAAGCUCCAAGGAUUGUUCUAAUUCCUCUCAUGCUCCAAUUUUCUAGUAGUUGCGAUUAGGUCGGAAAAUAUUGCAAUCGUGCUCCUUACUUUACCUCUUAGUUUAACUAUUAUGUUAGUAAAUGAAACGUAUUUACUGAUAGAUAGUACGUAUACUAGUCAUGGAUUCCAAUAUUCAAACUACCAAAAGUAACGCAUUUGCAAAAACCCUUUCACAUGAUAAGUUGAUAACGAUCAUGUGGGAAGCCUAUAAUCUUUUUGUUCAUAUCAGUUUAGGUCAAAAUUUAAACACGGGUUCUAAAGAUUUAUCACCGCAAAGAAAGCUUGAUCCAUUGGCGGUGGAAGAUCGAGUUCUAGUAGCCUUUUAAUAAAUUCGUUUGAAAAAAGAAGAAAAUAAAUUAAUAAUAUAUUAAAGGUACAUAUUUGAUGAUCUUAAUACUCUUGUUGAUUGUUUGUAGAGUUAAUGAUACUCUGCUGCAUUUUUUUAUUUCUAUUUGGUUUUACUAGUCUACUUCAUUUGCCAUAUCAUACUGCGUUUAUGCGUAUUGAAUUUUAGUUUACAAAGGUGCGUGAUCAUGUGCACAACUAAUCUAAAAUCCAAUGGGUCAUUCUAUAUUAAGUAAUGAUCCAAAGAUAAUAUAUCUACUAUUCUUCUUACCAAUGAGUCAAUGACUCAGGCCAUGUAUGUUGAAGUCUAGUUACUAAUCAAAACUUAAAACUCUGUAUAAUUUAGCAAGUUAGCGUCUUAUAAAGAACAUAUAGUAUUAAACCAUUCCAUUAAACUACAUUGAUAAUUACAGGAACCAUGCAUGCAAUGUAUGACAAUCAUUAAUCAGAAAACAAGUUAAAUAGAUACAUGAAUGGAUUUUUUUUCCUUGUCAAGGAAAGUGACGUGAACUGCUAAUGUCUCUAAAACAGGCUUUCAUUUGAAGACACGCAGAGAAAAAGAGAAACAACACAAGUUUGGUUAAUCAUAUUAGAUUAAUUAUCCGAAAAAGAAAAUAAAACUGCCCAGGGAAAAUUAAUUAAAUAGUGACCCUGGUGGUUUAUUAACACCAAGAGUCUUAGCUUGUAUGUUGCAUAUAUAAAUUAGGAAGAUGAGUGAGAAGUGGGAAAUGAAAAGAGAUGAAAUGGGACAUCGAUGUUGUGGGAAGCACAAAGUGAAGAGAGGGCUUUGGUCUCCAGAGGAAGACGCCAAGCUUCUUCGUUAUAUCACCACUCAUGGUCAUCCUAGUUGGAGUUCUGUUCCCAAGCUUGCCGGAUUACAGAGAUGUGGGAAGAGUUGUAGAUUAAGGUGGAUAAACUACUUGAGGCCUGAUCUGAAGAGAGGAUCCUUUACCGCGGAGGAAGAGCAGACUAUCAUUGAUGUUCAUCGUAUUCUUGGUAACAAAUGGGCUCAAAUUGCUAAGCACUUACCAGGACGCACUGAUAAUGAAGUGAAGAACUUUUGGAACUCAUGCAUUAAGAAGAAGCUUCUUUCUCAAGGCUUAGAUCCUUCCACUCAUAACCUCAUGCCUUCACACAAAAGAUCUGCUUCUUCUUCUAGUAAUAAUACACCUAAGCCAAGCAAGACGAAGUCCAUCAUGACAAACCCUACUUUUGAUCAAUCAACCACAACUUUCUCAAUCACAAACGUCAAUCCUUACUCUUCCAAUAAACCAAACAAAGUUAAAUCUCCUAACCAGACUACAAUCCCCUCCCAAACCGUGAUCCCUAUCGACCAUACCAUGUCAAGUCUUUUAAAUGAUGAAAAUAUGAUUCCUAACUGGUCAAAUGUUGAUGGAAUGGCACCAAUCCACGAAGAAGCUCCCAUGUUUUCAAGUGAAAAGGCAGUGAUGGGUGUUGAAGAUGAUGAUCUCAACAUGGACAUUUUGUUUAAUACGCCUUCUUCUUCUACAUUUGAUCCUGAUUUUGGCUCCAUGUUUUCUUCAGCAAUGUCUAUGGAUUUCAAUCCCAUGGAUGAUCUUGGCUGGACCUUUUAGUUUUACUUUACAAUUUUUUUUUAAUUUUCUAAAAUGUAUAUAAUUUGUACGAAUAAGUUCCACUUGUUGUUGUCACUAGUUUUGAAAGCUGAAAGAGAUUUUACCAAAA